GUGGGUAAGUUUCUUAGUAUUUUGAUGUCACUUUUGCAGCAGACCACUACACCAGGAGAGACUAAACUUUUAGCCUCUGAAGUCUAUGAUAUCCUUCAGUCUUCCAACAUGUCAGACAUGGACAAUGUGAAUGAGAUGAAUUACCGUCGACGGAAAGCACAGUUUUUCCUCGGCAGCACAAAUAAACGUGCCAAGACAGUGGUUUUGCAUAUAGAUGGCCUUGAUGAUUCGUCUCGAAGAAAUCUCUGUGAAGAAGCCUUGUUGAAAAUUAAAGGUGUUAUUAGUUUUACCUUUCAAAUGGCUGUUCAAAGGUGCGUGGUCCGAAUUCGCUCAGACUUAAAAGCAGAGGCAUUGGCAACAGCAAUAGCAUCAACCAAAGUUAUGAAGGCACAGCAAGUUGUGAAAAGUGAAAGUGGUGAGGAGAUGCUAGUUCCAUUCCAAGAUACUCCAGUGGAAGUAGAGCAGAAUACAGACCUACCUGAAUACUUGCCAGAAGAUGAAAGCCCUACUAAGGAACAGGACAAAGCAGUGUCUCGUGUUGGGUCACACCCAGAAGGUGCAGCAAGCUGGCUUAGCACAGCAGCAAACUUUCUAUCAAGAUCUUUCUACUGGUGACUUGUAUUUGGUGUUAAAAGACUGUGUGAAUGAACCAACAGGGGGGCCAGUUUUCCAUUGGUGUGGUGAACUGCCAAGUGCAAUUUGCAAUAAAUCAUGACAAAAAAUUUUAGAUUAAGCAAAUGUAUGCUGCAUUUUACAUUUUAUUGGACAUUUAGCCUAAUAGGGCAGGGGUCAGAGGACAGAGGCCUCCCGUCAAAUUGUUCUCUCAUUUGUUUUUCAUGUAGAUUUUAUUGCUUCACUUUUUAAAAAUGGGUCCACUUAUAUACCAAAUGUUUAUGCUAUGCGUAUAGAGCUUUAAGUUAAGUUUGACUUCACGUGAAACACAUGGUAGAGAGAGAAUCCAUUCAACUCAAGUCUCAGGGCCUCUGUGAAAGAAAAUUCUCAAUAGCU